CCCCCCUGUAGAGAGUCAGCUCUGCCUGUCAGCCAACACAUCGAUGGUUUAAUGCUCCUGCUGAACACCAGAUAAAAAAUAUCCAUCAUGGCUUCUCGAGCAGGUCCGAGAGCGGCAGGCACAGAUGGCAGCGACUUUCAGCACCGGGAACGGGUAGCCUCACACUACCAGAUGAGUGUUGCCUUGAAGUCUGAAAUCCGUAAACUCAACAUUGUCCACGUGCUCAUCUGGGUGCUGAUGGCGGCUCAGGUGACAGUGAGUCAGCUGAGCUUGGUGUCCCACAAGGUUGUAGCCUCUCCGUACCAGUGGGAGUACCCCUACCUCCUGAGCAUAAUCCCUACAGUCUUCAACUUCUUGGCAUUGCCCCGCAACAACAUCAGCUACCUGGUCAUCUCCAUGAUCAGCGCCGGGCUCUUCUGCGUGGCCCCGCUGAUCUACGGCAGCAUGGAGAUGUUCCCUGUUGCGCAACAGCUCUAUCGGCACGGCAAGGCAUACCGCUUCAUCUUCGGCUUCUCUGCCGUGACGGUCAUGUACCUGGUGAUCGUCAUCGCUGUGCAGGUGCACGGCUGGCAGCUCUACUACAGCAAGAAGCUGCUUGACCAGUGGUUCACCAGCACGCAGGAGAAGAAGAAGAAAUGAGUGCACCCGAAGCACACUUAGCACUGAGAUCCUCUGUGUUUGUUUGUUGGCUCACGUGGACAAAGAGGAUCUUAGAGCUGAGGAAACUAGUCGCUGAGCUGGUGAAUCGAGCCAGCCAAGACUAAGAGAAGAGACUCCCAAAAGUAUUCUGGUCCUUCGUCAUCUUUUUCUAUAUUUAUAUUUGACAGUGAGAAUAUCAUUGUUGUAUUGUGUGAAGAAAAUCAGUCCCUAGACGGCUUGUGACUGCUUCCACCACUCUGUACAUUGUUCCUCCGGGAAUUUCAUCAUUCAUAAAUAAUAAACUGCAAAUGUUUUCUGUUUGUAUGUCUGUACCUUGUUAUUUCAGGUACUUAAAGUAUAAACAGACCAAGGGUAACUGGAAGAAGACUGUAAUAACAUGUGAGUCUUUAUUUUGGAAACAAAAGCAAAAAUAAAUUUGAAGACCAGACUGGA